AUGAGCGACACAAUCGGCCAGUACCAACAGCCACCAUCCGCAUCCACUGGAACCGGAGUCGGAACCGGAGUUGGAAUUGGCAGCGCAAACACGAACAAGAACAAAGGUCCCCGAGCAUGUACAACAUGUGCCCGCGCCAAAUCACGCUGCAUCCCCGGGCCCACACCUGAUAUAUGUGAAAGGUGCCAUCGCCUGAAGAAACCAUGCGCCUCUCAGACCCCAGCUCCGCCUCGGAAGAGGAAGGAGACGAGGUCCAACAGGGUUGCCGAUCUGGAGAGGCGGCUGGAGGAGCUCAAGACAAGACUCCAGCCCGUAGUCGAAGCCCAGCAGCAGCAGCAGCAACAACAGCAGCACCAGGGACAACAUCAAGAAGCACAGCAGCAGCUGAACGGACGGCAACAGUCAUCGCCGCCCCACUCGGUUCAAAGCCCGCAGAGCGACAUACGGCGACAAUCAGCAGCCGGCCUCGUCGGCCAAUUUGACAUGGGCCACAUCUUCCCCACCACUUCCGACCCUCUCCAGCCACCAUCGUUCACGACAUCGUCGACCUUUGGGCCAAGGCCAGGGGCGAAGCCCCAGAGUGCUUCUGCUUCGACCGCAUCGGGGAACGAUGAUACUAAUUCCGAGAAUGGGGCAUUUCCGGGGGCUCCAAGGGUUUCAAGUGAGAUCGACUGGCCGGAAGGGCAACGGGCAGCCAACCUGGUUCAACUGUAUUGCUCUCAGCUUGCGGAACUAUUCCCCUUUGUCGUGAUCCCAGCCGACCUCAGCCACAAUAAGAGACCCUUUUUGUGGAAGGCUGUCAUCAUGGCUGCCUCCUUUACUGAUGGCCUGGAGCAAAACGUAUAUGGAUCUCGACUUCUUAGCGACAUUGCCAUCACGGCGUUUAUUCAGCCCGAAAAGUCACUCGAUCUCCUCCAAGGUCUGCAGCUCCUACUAUCGUGGUACAACUUUAACAUGAACAGCUUUCAGAUAACGAACCUCAUAUUCUUGGCCCGGUCAAUAUGUGUUUCUCUAGGCACUGGGGAGGGGCCGUCGUUGUCGCCUCUGCAGCCUCUAGGUAGCAUGACGAGCGACCCCCUUGCACCCGAGUCUUUGGAGAAAAUGCGAGCCUUUGCAGGAACAUACUACUUGGUCACGAGUGCAUUUACCACCAACAAAAAGCCGGAUGAACUCAUGAACACGUCUUACCUCGACUUUUGCUGCCGAACUCUCGAGAGGAGGAUGGAGUAUCCUACGGACGAACUUGUUGUCAAUCUAGUCAAGGUCCAGCAGCUGUCACAGUCGAUCUCCUUGUCACUAGCAUUACGCAACGACAGCAACUUUUCAAGGUCUAUUGAAUACCAACUGCCGCCGCUAGAUGAUGUCGUCAGAAGCUUCCAGCAGCAACUGCAAGUAUUCGAGCAGAUGCUGCCUGAGACUGUCAAAACCCAACAGGUUUUUAUGGGCCACUUCCGCGUUGCCCAGAUACUACUGUUUGAGGUUGGUCUUAACGAAAAGGCGGCCUCGGAGCUCAUGCAGGUCAGCCGCACGGAGCUCCUGUGGUGCUGCCUUACCGCCUGUCGUGAGUUCAUGGCAUUGCGAUUUGCACAUCAAGACACGGAAGAGGUCCAGGUGGAAGGCGAGCCACCGUCGGACUGCAAGCCGCGCAUGACGAGCCUCGCGGCCGCCGACUUUGUCUACACCUUUAUGACCAUCGUCAAACUCCUGAUGCUUCAGGCUCCCGGUUGGGAUCUGGACGCCGCGCGAUCCGAGAUAGACUUGGAAGGGAUCAUGGACAGGCAGAUGAGGCAGAUCGACGCCAUCAUCGCGUUCCGCCGUCGCACCGGGGACGGUGUACCGUUGACGUCUUCAGUGACGCGCUACUGCCGCCAACCCAAACAGCCGCUAACUUCGAGCAUCGAAGCCUCGGCUGCUUCGAUACCACCAAAGGAAGAUCCCUUCGAGAUGCUGCGAUACCGGCUCAAAGAGUUGAAGGAAAUACUGGCUCGCGAGGCCCCUGGCAUAUUCCCACAGAGGCCUGCGAGCUCGACCUCUCCGGAAAACCUGUCUGUUCUCUUGGGCUUCGGAAACGACAUGGCAGUUCCCGAUACCAUCAUGACGGAUAUGAACAUGGAGUCCUGGGCUUAUCUACUCACCGCUGACGAUGGCCUGCCCCCAGCUGGGCUCAAAGACCCGCCGUCGUACGGCUUCGUAACGGCAGCUACGUCGCGCCCUCCCGUUGAGGCGCCGCCGCCAUACAGCACGACCGCCGAGUCGCCACCUCCACUCGAAAAGGGAGGAGAGAUGGCGGCUGCGGCGGAAAAAACACCAGCAUCGGCGACGACCAACGACGACUCCCCGAUCCUUCACUUCCUCGACCACGAGCACGACAGCGUCUCUUCCCUGUCGCUGCGCUACAACGUCCCCGCCGCCGCUCUGCGCCGCGCCAACCGCCUCGGCAGCGACCACCUCCUGCUCGGCAGGCGCGUGGUCCUCAUCCCCGUCGCUGCUGCUACCACGACGACAAGCCUGAGUCCGCACCCCGUUGAGGGCGAGGACGAGGAGCGUCGCAAGAGCCGCAUACGGAGGUGGAUGGUUGCGUGUAAGGAGGCCGACUACGACGUCGCCGUGCUGUACCUGGAGCAGAACGACUACGACGUCGAGGCCGCCGUCGAAGCUUAUUUUGCCGAUGAAGCUUGGGAGAGGGCGCACCCGGUCGCUGGCCGCAGCAGCAAGAGGGGAACUGGGGGCUGGAACCGUCUCAGCACACCCGCGUCCGCCUCCUCUUCUUCGGCCACGCCCGCAAGGUCGUCGUCGGCCUGGCCGCUUUCGAGUUUUGGUCUGGGCUCGUGGCGAUGA